CUCUCACCCCCAUAUUUGCUACAUUUUCACUGGUUUCGUUUUAUUUUGUCCAAGCUACUAAUACAAUACACAAUUUUCCCGCCCUGAAUGCCUCCACCAAACCUCCAACAACGCCAUGCCUAAUAUCUGCGUCACUCCGUUCUGCCCACACGAAAAGUACCAUCUCUUUCUCUGCGAGCUGGAUGACACAACAUUCAUCGUGGACGCUGGCUGGCAGAUCGAGCCCCUAGACACGCCACAGUCUGCAAAUGACAAAGCCGCACGCACCAGCCAGCGCUUGGACCCGGUGUCGACGCUCAGCACAGUGAACUGGGCCCUCAUCGACUUUAUCCUUAUCUCCAACUACGAGCAAAUGGCGCUCCUCCCGUACAUCACCGAAUACACUGAGUUCUCGGGCCCUGUCUACGCCACAGAGCCGACCAAAAGCUACGGCCGCUGCGUGCUAGAAGAGCAGAUGCAAUUCGCCUAUACCACGAGUUCCUCGGCCAGCCAGAAGUAUUUGUACUCGCAGCGAGAUAUUAUCGCGGCAAUGGAGAAGAUCACCGACGUGCGGCACAAUGAGAUAGUCAGCCCGAUGCCGUUUGUGCAGGCAUAUACUAGGAGCUCUGGGUACUGCAUUGGCGGCGGGAACUGGACGGUCGAGUAUAAGGGCCAUCGGACGGCAUUCGUGAGCACUUCGGCAUUGGCAUGCUUGCAUCCGCAGGAGUACGAUCCGAGCUGCAUCGCCGAAGCUCAGGCGAUUGUCUACUGCGAUGUAAGCGAUCCCCAAAUGCAAGGCAACAUGGACGGCGAGAAUAUACAGGUGACGCAGCGGCUCAACCAGCUGUGCUCGACGGCCAUUGCGACAUUGAAGCAGCGCGGGCGGGUGAUGCUGGUGGGCGAGCCGUACGGCGUCACGCAGGACAUCCUGCAAGCGGUGAUUGAGAACAGCAUAUCACUGAAUCUCCCCUUGCCGCAGGUUGUGGUGGUGUCGCCGGUGGGCGAGCGCGCUCUGCAGUACGGCAAUAUCAUGGGCGAGUGGCUGUGUGAAAGCAAGCAGGCCCUUCUGUACCUGCCCGAGUACCCGUUUCUGGACAAGGAGCUCAGGCAGAAGGGACAUUUGCACUUCGUCGAGUCGCUGGGCGACCUGGCACGGCGCCAUAUCCCCCAGGGCACAUGGUUUGUGAUCGCAUCGCCACGGGACACCAGGACUAUCGAGCAUUUCAUCCGCCAGUGGCGUCUGGACGCCCAGACAUGCAGCAGCGCCGAUAUGGCGGCCAGCACGGGCAUGGCCAGGUUCUCCAUAUUAAUGCAUGACGACGAUGUUGUGGCAGCGCAGGCGCUUGUGGACCGACUGGCUGCGACUGCCGAGAUGACGUACUGCCCGGUGCCGCGGCGGUUCACUGCGCAAACGGUUGAGCAGACGCUGCGUGGCGCCGGCCGCGCGCAGCAUGUGCUGGUUCCGAGCCACGUAUACGCGCGGCUAAGCACCAGCCACUGGGAGUUCGCAUUGUGCGAGUUUUCGCACUUGAACGCGACCCUGGUGAGUCUGGAUACGGACCGGCAUUUGCCGCUCAAUAUCCAGCGGGAGCUGGCCGACAGCAUGCGGGCGCAGCACCGCCAGCACUCGUUGGUGACAGGCGUUUUGGCGCUGGCUGCCGGCAACAUUCGGCUGGAGUGCGAGCAGCUGGUGAAGCCCCCCAAGGCCGAGGUGGUGGUUGAUGUGGCAAAGUGGACGCCCGAGGCGUUGGCUGAGGAGCUCACCGCAAAUGGGCUGGAUGCGGCGGCGGACCACCCGAAUGUGCGGGUCGCGGUCCCGGGCGGCACGGCGGUUAUUCGCAUGGACAGCGAGCAAUGGCAGGUGGACUGCACGUCGGCCAGCGCCCAGUGGGUGGUGUUUGACACGCUCAAGCGCGUGCUGGAAAGCUAAAUUGGACGCUUGGGCCAAGCAAUUGGCGCCACUAAUCGCUCAUAUCGGACAAAAUAAAUCCCGGCAUCCAGCUGCUAACCA